AUGGUGUCAUCCGCAAACUCUGCUUUGGUGCAAAGGUGGAGGCCAGAAACCCAUACCUUUGUAUUACCAGUGGGUGAGGUUACUGUAACACUAGAAGAUGUCGCUCAUAUAUUUGGCCUACCUAUUGAUGGAGAGCCUAUGAGCGACUGGACAGAUAGUAGUAGCGACUUCCUACAUAGUCAGAGCAUUGCGAUAUUCGGUCGGAAGCCGGUUGUCAUUAGUUCUUCGAAAUCUUUAUAUGAAGCUGGGUUGGGUUCGGGGUAUCAGAGACGCAGAGCCAUUGGAUACCGAAGAGUCUUUAAGAGAUAUGUCAGAUGUCAGAUUUUCUGUUUUUUGGGUUCGACCCUAUUCACGAAUAAGUCGACCGCAUAUGCUCACGCGAAGUAUCUAUCGUUGCUUUGCGAUUUUGAGCGGAUCCAUACUUAUAGUUGGGGACCAGCAUGUCUCGAGCAUCUUUACAGGACACUAUGUCGUGCAUCACGACAGUUCCUUCCACCGGCUGAGAUACCAGUUGCCAUGAGGUGGAGUCAAUCCUAUCGAAGCUCAACAUGGUUAUCGAAGACCGUAGUGAUAUUUAGGCAGGAAAUAGACUAUAUAGACGAGCGGCCGUAUGAAGGGUUGAUUAAACCCGAUGAUUACAUGGACACCUUGAGGUAUGUGACAUUGUUGCUCCAUUAUUGUCAUUUGAUUGUGUCGAAUGGCAUCCUGCGAACUGAGUGA